AAGACAUUACAGGAAUUUCUCGACGAUUAAAUAUUUUUAUAAAGUCUGGUAUUGCGUUGUGUUUUAUUAUUUAUUUUCAUUUAUAUUUUAUUCGUUUAAAUUUAUCAAUGAUAAUAUAACAUAAAUAUAAGCAGCAACGAAAGAUGACGCAAUUGUUUGCAUUAGUAAAAUGGGUAAGUGGUGAAGAUAAAGACAAAUACACUGUCGGAAUACCGACUGAAUGGAUUAUUAACUUCAAUUAUGAAGAUUUUAAAAAUGAAAAGUGUAAUCCUGCAGAAAGCUAUGUCAUUGAAUGGCGAAAAGGUAAAAAAAUGCCAGCUGGUGGUUGGGAAUGCUAUGACGGUCUGGUUACAGAAGUAUCUAGUAGUAUCGCUGUGCUAGAAAAAAAAUUUUCUACCUAUUAUAAUGGCAUCCAAUCGCCAAAAAAUAUAAAUGGAUCAAAUGAAAAACAAUUUUCAAAUAAAGAAAAUGAUGAUUUAAUCCUCCCCGAUGACAGUACUGCUCGUGCAUCAAACUUAACUUUUCAACAAAGUAAUGAAAAUGUUCCAAGUAACAGCAAAUCUAAAAAAGGAAAUGUAAGGUCUUCGGGUGACGAAUAUCCAAGUUCAGACGAUAGCGAUCAAAGAUCUGAAAAGACACCGGUACAUGGAAUGGAUAAUGCGGAUGUAUCACGGCCUAGAACUUUAUUCGGUUCACGUAAUGAUCAAAAUGAUGUCGCUUUACAAAUAUUAGCGGAGCUUAAAAAUAUGAGAAAUGAUAUCAUUCAAAGUCAACGUCAAAAUCAGUCUGAUACUGAUGAUGAAAACAACCCAAAAAUGGUUGAAGUUGGAAGACGUGGUAGUGGUAUCAAAAUUACUGAAGAGCAAUGGGAAUGUGCCCAAUCUCAAGGUCGCUGCACUGCAAUGGCAGUUGUUUUGCUUACUGCGAUCGUGCCAAUGGAUACACUGUUGCGAAGUAAUCUAAAAGGAGGAAAAGCAAGAAUCAGCAAGGAUCCUAAUAAUCCGACUCAACAUCAAGGUUUAGAUCCUGCAAUUCUCGAAGCCAUCAAAUAUACUGUGAGAAAAAAAUUUAAAAAAAACUAUGACGACACAAAAAUCAAUACGGCUUUGAAUGUUAAAAUGAGCUCAUUAAGACGAAAAAUGAAGCCAAGAAACGAGAAUGCUCAAAAUUAAAACUUUUUGGAUGAAAGAUAUUCAAAAUAUCAUAAACAAAUGAUAUUGAUGAUUUUGAAGCUCGAAACUUAUUAUUUUAAAUUCAGAAUAUUUUAUAAUUUUAAUUGCUGCAAUUUUAACACUUUUGAUAA